GGGUCGGUGGGCUGGGCGGGGCUCAGUGUGCUCAGUGUGCUCGGUGCGCUCCCGUGACCCAGACGCGUCAGGCGGCCUCAGUGCGGCGGCUGUGGGAGAACCUCCAAGGGCUGCCCUCGGUUGAAAGAUGUCGGCCCUCACCACCCUGUUCAAGUAUGUGGACGACAAUCAGGACCGCUACAUCAAGAAGCUGGCGGAAUGGGUGGCCAUCCAGAGCGUGUCCGCCUGGCCCGAGAAGCGGGGGGAGAUCAGGAAGAUGCUGGAGGUGGCCGCCGCGGACAUCAAGCAGUUGGGUGGCUCCGUGGAGCUGGUGGACAUCGGGAAGCAGAAGCUCCCCGACGGCUCGGAGAUACCGCUGCCCCCCAUUCUACUCGGCACGCUGGGCUCCGACCCCCGGAAGAAGACCGUGUGCAUCUACGGCCACCUGGACGUGCAGCCGGCGGCCCUGGAGGACGGCUGGGACAGCGAGCCCUUCACCUUGGUGGAGCGGGACGGCAAACUGUAUGGGAGAGGCUCGACCGAUGACAAGGGCCCCGUGGCCGGCUGGUUGAAUGCCCUGGAGGCCUUCCAGAAGACGGGUCAGGAGAUCCCCGUCAACCUCCGGUUCUGCCUGGAGGGCAUGGAGGAGUCGGGCUCCGAGGGCCUGGACGAGCUGAUCUUCGCGCGGAAGGACACCUUCUUCAAGGACGUGGACUACGUCUGCAUUUCUGACAACUACUGGCUGGGCAAGAGCAAGCCCUGCAUCACCUACGGCCUGCGGGGCAUCUGCUACUUCUACAUCGAGGUGGAGAGCAGCGACAGGGACCUGCACUCCGGCGUGUACGGGGGCUCGGUGCACGAGGCCAUGACCGACCUCAUUGCGCUGAUGGGCUCCCUGACGGACAGGAAGGGGAAGAUCCUGGUGCCCGGCAUCCACGAGGCCGUGGCCCCCGUGACAGAGGAGGAGCUGGAGCUCUACGACAAGAUCGACUUCGAGCUGGCAGAGCACGCCAAGGACGCGGGGGUGCAGACCUUGCGGCACAGCUGCAAGAAAGACGUGCUGAUGCACAGGUGGCGGUUGCCGUCGCUGUCCCUCCACGGCAUCGAGGGCGCCUUCUCCGGCUCCGGGGCCAAGACCGUGAUUCCCAGGAAAGUGGUCGGCAAGUUCUCCAUCAGGCUCGUGCCCAACAUGACCCCCGAGGCCGUCGGCGAGCAGGUUACAAAGUACCUGACGGAGAAGUUCGCUGAGCUGCACAGCCCCAACAAGUGCAAGGUGUACCUGAACCACGGCGGGAAGCCCUGGGUGUCCGACUUCAACCACCCUCACUACCUGGCUGGGAGAAGAGCCCUGAAAACAGUUUUCGGCGUGGAGCCGGACUUGACCAGGGAAGGUGGCAGCAUUCCAGUGACUCUGACUUUUCAGGAGGCCACGGGCAAGAAUGUCAUGCUGCUGCCCAUGGGGUCAGCCGAUGACGGCGCCCACUCCCAGAACGAGAAGCUCAACAGGUAUAACUACAUCGAGGGAACCAAGAUGAUGGCUGCCUACCUGCACGAGGUGUCGCAGCUCAAGGACUGAGGGCCCUGCACCCUGCACCCCCACC